GAAUGCGCGCGCACUUGCCGGCUCCGUCUCGCCACGCUCAGUCAGCGCUCAGUCGAUCUAAAGCAACGCGCGUUGUAACCGACCUGUCGACUUUUUUAUUAUACCGCAAAAGACGCGCGAGUCGCGUUCCAAUUUCCAAAUUAUAUUCUUAAUUAUCGAGAUUAAAUACAGUCUUCCGCGUUCGUUCGUUUUAGAACGAAUAUUUCGAAGAUUAAGACUGAAGUGUCCCACAGUGAACGUUAUCAGCUGAUCGCCCAAAUUUCGUGUUAAUUUAGUGCAAACAUACGAUUUGCUGAUCGUGCCGGAGAUUAAAUGUUGAUGGAAAAACUAUUAAGGAAAAAGAAAAAGAUCGAAUAGCAAGUAAUGCUUUGUAAAAAAAUAAAUUAAUAACGUUAAAGUCUGUUAAACAAAAUGGCGACUGAGUCCCAAGAGUAUAUGAAUGGAAUUAGAAGGCCUGGUCCCUUAACGAGAGAGAUACCAGAAUGUAUGCGAGAUAAAUACACAAUUAUACAGACUGUUUUGGAUGUACUUGCAUUUUUGAUGCUUGCGAUCGGUUAUGUAAUUCAAGGAAUUUACAAGUCAAUAGUUGGUAUUCCAAAGAAAGAUCUAAAAGGAAGUAUAGCGCUUGUGACGGGAGGAGGCGGUGGCCUUGGGAGUCUCAUUGCCUUGCGUUUGGCCAGGCUUGGCUGCGUCAUCGUUUUAUGGGACAUCAACAAAAAAGGGUUAGAAGACACUGAGAAACUAGUCAAGGGAUUAGGCGGGAAGUGUUUUGGGUAUGUGGUAGAUCUCGCCAGCAGAGACGAUAUCUACCAGGUCGCGAAGAAAGUCGAAAAGGAAGUCGGCAGGGUAACAUUACUCAUCAACAAUGCUGGAGUAGUGUCUGGCCAAUAUCUGCUAGACACGCCGGACCAUCUCAUACAAAGAACGUUUGACGUCAACAUCUUGGCGCAUUUCUGGACGGUUAAGGCGUUUCUGCCAGCAAUGUUGGAACACAACGAUGGUCAUAUUGUGACCAUUGCGUCCAUGGCUGGACAGGUCGGUGUGGCGAAACUUGUGGACUACUGCUCCUCGAAGUCAGCGGCCUGUGGCUUCGACGAGGCGCUGAGAUUAGAAUUAGAAGUCAAAGGAGUCAAAGGCGUGCACACGUCACUCAUAUGCCCUUAUUUCAUUCGUGCGACCGGAAUGUUUGAAGAGGUCAACUCAAGGUUUGUGCCAACAUUGAGUUCGAACGAUGUAGCUGACCGCGUCAUACUAGCGAUCCGCACCAAUGAACCUCUAGCCGUUAUACCGGCAUACUUCAGACUGUUGUUGCCUUUUAAAUGGAUCGUGCCAUGGCCGUGUAUAUCAGAACUGAUACGCGGUUUAGUACCGGACGCGGUGCCCGCACCCAUGCCUAUGCCGGAGCAAAAGCGCGAAACCAAACACAUCCUCGCCACGCCAAGCAAAUGCGAGUCUCGGCCAAUGUCCCUCGCCUCGCCGCCUGCGAGACACGAUCGGCAAGUGUGACCGCGACUUUACGUUUAUAAUAUAAAACAUUGGAGCAAAUGUUGCCUAUUUCAUUUUAAGCUCUGUACGUUUUAUUGUAAUAUGUUUUGAAAUUAUUUUUAAAUAUAAACAUGUUAUUUAUAUUUAAAAAUAAUAAAUCCUCAUGAAGUUAUAUCGGAGGAUAUUUUGAUUUUUAUCCGUAGCUUGUCCGUGUCGUGGAUUCCAAAAAAUGAAAGAUCUUUCAAAGGCGUUAAAUGGAUUUUGCAUACCUACUUGUAAAGAUAUUCAAUCUCGAGGACCAAUCUAGUUGCCUUUAUAAAUGCCUUACUGAAUAGAAUAAGUGUAACAAAUUGUUAUUAAUGAUAUAAUCGGAAAGUAUAUAGGCUUAUGGUUUUUGUGAUUAACAUUUUUAUGACGUCAAUGGGUGAUUUUGUGAUUUGAUUAAAAAUGUUUCAAUUUCAAUAAUUAAAAUUAAUUAUGUACUGUAAUUGUGCUUAUCUCUCACAAAUUAAUCUUUUAAGUUUAGUAAUAUAAAUAUAGAAGUAAUUUCGUUUGUAAACUUAGGGGUACCGUGUUAUUAGUCAUAUUGUGAUUUUUAGUUAUAUAAUAAUUUGACAAAAAUAUUAAGGUUUUCUCAUACUGUACUAUGAUCAGAGAUGAGACGCAGUUUCCUAUUACAUCAACUUAGUGUACUACCAUCAAGUAAUGCCUUGUAACAUUGUGUGCUGGUAUAAAGGUUAAGCGCGCCUUUGUACGUACAGGAAUUUCACGCUAACCCCACAAAAUAACAAUAAAUGAUACAUUAUUAGCUAAAAAAAUGCUACGGCAACGGCAACCAUUAUAUGGUUUGGUACAAAUAUAAAAGUAAACAAUAUUUGGCUGUAAUUAAAUAGACAUCGAUUAUUUCGAAACAUAUAUAAUUCGAUUUUACAUGUAUUACACCUUAUUUAGCAUUAGAACAUUUUGUUUUCGAUACAUAUUUGUACUUAAUAAUUGUUUUAUAAAACAAAUUUAUGUGAGUUUUUGAGUCAUUCAAUUUUACAAAUUGUAAAUGUUACCAAAAUAGAUGGAAAAAUGGUGAUUGGUUUUUUUACGUAGACUUCCAAGCAUAAACGAUAACGUGUAAUUCUAUUCCGCAAGAACUCGCCACGUAUGCGACUACUGAAAUAUUGAAAGCCGACCUUAUUAAAAUAAAAUAGGGCAUUUUGAUGCGAUACCUUAAAUUUUAUCAUUAUUAUUAAUAAUAUAAAUGUCGCUUUCAGACAAUUCACGAUCGUUUUCUGCGGUGAGUUUACUUCAUUACGUCACUUUAAUAACUAAAAUUAAAUCGAAUUGAUUUUACUAACAAUAUUGUUGAUUUAUUAUCUGCGGUAGAUUAUAAUAAUGACAUACCUCAUUCAGUUGUAUAGGUUUCUCGUUAUUCUACGUCACAAAGGUUAAUCUAAAUUGCUCAAUUACAAUACAUACAUAUAAGUAUUGUUUGUAAAUAUAGUUUUAUCAUCACUUAUACCCUAAAUAGUCUUCCGUAUGAGAAUAUGACGAUCGUAGGAAUGAUGGAUCACAAGAUAACGUGAUAUAAUUGUAUUAAAGAGGUUUUACUGUCUCGUAUAUGAAUUGUCUUUUUAUAAGUAAGUUUAAAACUUGUUUUGAAUUGUAUUUUGUUGAGUAUCUAAAGGUUCUUUUGAAAAUUUUAAAUUCGAUGUUUGUAGUUUAAGAUCCUUGGCCUAUGUAAAGAUUCAUAGUAACUAUUACUACGCUUCAUUGUACUUACGAUACCUCAUAACUUGGGCGCCGGGAGAUGUAUGCAAGGAAGUGCACUUGGUACAAGUUAGCCAUUACAGAAAAUACACAGAAAUGUAUAAUUAUUUCAUAUCACUUGUAAACUUAAAAAAAAUAAGUUUUAAUAUUGUUAUUUAAAAACGUAUGUAACAGAAGGAGACAAGGAGAAAAGAAAGAGAGGGAUAAAACAUCUAUCAUAAAGUCCAAAUUUUUUUAACACCAAUGUAGUCUGUGUACUCUAUCCUUUUGCUGUGAACAAUGUACCGAAUGCAUUGUGUAUUCUAUAUUUUAUAAGUUACAUAAUUGUAUCAUGUAAAUAUGUAGUUGGCACUUCCUUGAAAAUAAUCCUGCCGGCAAUCAAACCUCGUAUUGUUUGACUAAAAGUGGUACUCAUUAUUGUUAAAGGUAAAAAAUGUACGGGAAAUUGAGAUUUAUUACGAUGAGAAAUAAAUAUGGAAA